AUGGGCCCCUUUUUAAUACUUUUCUUGGGCCUUCAGCUUUGCCCCACCAACACCCUAAGUAAAGUCUUAAAUGCUCCUCAAUAUGCUGGCAAUUCAAUAAACGAUAAAUUAAACGAUUAUUCUCUACUGCUGCCGCCUGCGGAUUACUCUAAUGAAAACGAAGAAUUCCUAGAUGAUGAAGAUAACAUGGUUAUAGCCGAUCUACCCGAUGAUGAUGAUGUACCAGUGGUACAAAACGUUGAUGAUAAAACUGAGUUACAAUUUCGCCAACCCAUUGCAGCGGUAAAUGUUGAUUACUUGCGAAAUGCUGUUUUAUUGAAAUUCCACAAAAACAAUGCCAAAUCAAUGAUGAAAAUGAAUACAAUGGAGAAUGAGAAAAAGAAAUCGGUACAGGAUAAUUUUAUACGUUUCGGCAAGAGAUCGUAUGAAGAAUUUCCUUUGGUCAAUAGUUUGGAUGAGGGUUACGGUGACAAGAAUCCUGGUAUGCGUUUAGAGCGAAGUCAUCAGACAGCUAGAGAUGCACGUGGUGAUAAUUUUAUGCGUUUUGGUCGAUCGGUGAAUACGAAAAAUGAUUUUAUGCGUUUCGGCAGGGGUGCUAAUGAUUUUAUGCGCUUUGGCCGCUCACCCUCAUCUUCACAAGAUUUCAUGCGUUUUGGUCGUGCUGCUGGCACAGAUAAUUUCAUGCGUUUCGGUCGACAAGCUAAUCAAGAUUUUAUGAGAUUUGGCCGUGCUCCUGGACAAGAUUUUAUGCGCUUCGGACGAACACCCAAUCGUGAUUUCAUGAGAUUCGGCCGUUCACCCAGCCAAGACUUUAUGAGAUUCGGUCGUUCACCCAGCCAAGACUUUAUGAGAUUUGGUCGCACACCCAGCCAGGAUUUCAUGAGAUUUGGUCGAGCACCUGGUCAGGAUUUUAUGCGAUUUGGUAGAGCAUCUGGUCAGGAUUUUAUGCGAUUCGGACGAGCAUCUGGUCAGGAUUUUAUGCGAUUCGGUCGUGCCGGCCAAGAUGGUUUUAUGCGUUUCGGCCGUACUCCUCAGCACGAUUUCAUGAGAUUUGGACGCAACCCUCUCAAAAUACCAGUGAAUACAAAUUUCAUGCGCUACAGUAGACCUGAUAACUUUAUGCGUUUCGGACGUGCUCCUCCACAACCCUCGGACAAUUUCAUACGUUUUGGUAAGAGCAUAGAAAAAUCAAUGGACAAAAACUCUUCACAACCACUGAUGGGUAAAAAUGAACUGAAACAAGCUGUCAAACUGAUACACGAAGCCGAUAAAAAUGCCGAUAAUGAAAAUCCUGUCGAUAAAGCGAUUAAAGUUCUAUUCGACAAACACCAGCAGCAAGAUCAAGACAAUAAGGCUCAUAGUGAUGAACUGAAUGGGGAAACAUCUAAUCAACAUAACGACAGCAAUGACCUGGACUCUGACUUGGACUACUUCUUGAAAAUGUCAAAAUAAA